AUGUCUUCCUGUCUGAAAUCAACAAAGGAAUUGCUUGUUUUCUUAGGAAAAUCACUGUUUAGUAUUCUAGAGGCUCUGGUUUUUACUUUAAUCCCAAAGCCACUGAAGAAUGUUGCUGGUGAAAUAGUCCUUAUAACAGGUGCUGGAAGUGGACUCGGGAGGCUCUUAGCCUUGCAGUUUGCCCACCUGGGAUCUGUGCUUGUUCUCUGGGAUAUCAGUUCGGAGACGAAUGAGAAGACAGGCCAGAUGGCUCGGGAAGCUGGAGCCACAAGAGUGCAUGUCUAUACCUGUGACUGUAGCCAAAAGGAAGAAAUAUACAGAGUGGCUGACCAGGUUAAAAGAGAAGUUGGUGAUGUUUCCAUCCUGAUCAACAAUGCCGGAAUUGUAACAGGCAAAAAGUUCCUGGACUGCCCAGAUGAGCUUAUGGAAAAGUCAUUUGAUGUGAAUUUCAAAGCACAUUUAUGGACUUACAAAGCCUUUCUUCCUGCCAUGGUUGCUAACAACCAUGGUCAUUUGGUUUGCAUUUCAAGUUCAGCUGGAUUAGUUGGAAUAAAUGGACUGGCAGAUUACUGUGCAAGUAAAUUUGCAGCCGUGGGUUUUGCCGAAUCUAUGUUUCUAGAAACAUUUGCAGAAAAACAAACAGGGAUCAAAACUACAAUUGUGUGUCCAUUUUUUAUAAAAACUGGAAUGUUUGAAGGUUGUACUACGAGGUUUCCUACUCUGUUACCAAUUCUGGAACCAGAAUAUGCAGCCAGAACAAUAGUAGAUGGUAUUCUGAAGGAAAAGGUGUAUUUGUAUAUGCCAAAGUUCUUAUACAUCUUGUUGUUUUUAAAAAGUUUCCUGCCUAUCAAGACAGGACUGCUUUUAGGUGACUAUAUGGGCAUCUUUCAUUCAAUGGAUGGCUUCACUGGGCAAAAGAAGAAAGCCUAA